GGAAGGGGCGGUCCCGGUGCCGCACGGAACGCUCGUUCCUCGCGGGAGCGGCCCCGCGAUCUGCCCGUGCCCCGGCGCGGUCAUGGCGGGGUUCAUCAACUUCGCGGACGAGGAGGAGGUGCGGGCGUACCUGGAGAACCUGCACGUGGAGUACAGCUACCAGUGCUUCAAGGAGAAGGACCCGGACGGCUGCCAGCGCUUCGCGGACUACCUGGACACCAUCAAGAAGGACUUCGCGGCCGCGGCGCGGGUGAUGCGCGACAACUGCGAGGAGCACGGGCACAGCGAGAGCUGCUACAAGCUGGGGGCCUACCAGGCCCUCGGCAAAGGUGGACUUGAACCAGAUUUGAAAGCUGCCUACAAGUCUUUCCUGAAGUCAUGUGAGAAAGGUGGGAAGAAGUCAGUGAAUGCCUGUCACAACGUCGGGCUGUUGGCCCACGAUGGGAGAGUGAACAAUGACAAACCUGACCUCGUGGUCGCUAGAGACUAUUACACAAAAGCCUGUGAUGGCAAUUUUGCUGCCAGCUGCUUCAACCUGGGUGUGAUAUACCUGCAGGGGGCACCUGGGGUCCCCAAGGACAUGGGCCGUGCCCUGAAGUACUCACUGAAAGGGUGUGAGCUGGGGCACAUGUGGGCCUGUGCCAAUGCCAGCCGCAUGUACAAACUGGGAGAUGGCGUGGAAAAGAAUGAUGCUAAGGCAGAGGAUCUGAAAAACAGGGCAAAACAGCUGCAUAAAGAACAGAAAGAAGCUUCGAGUUCUUUAGUGUUUGGGCAGUAAUGUUAGUUGCAGUUAUUAAGACUGCAGUUUUAUUAAAUGGCAAGUGAAAUUAUUUAAACUGGAGCAUACAGUUUUCACUUAAAUAAAUAUCCUGUAUUUGGAUAUGCAAAUAAACUUAUAUUUUUGUGAAUGCGAUAAAUGA